GAGCCUGAGCACUUGCUCACGACCUGAGCCAUAUUGACACCCCGAAGCCAUGGUGCUUCUCCGAGAGCUUUGUGGUCAGCCAAAGAUGGGUCAAAGACAUCCGCUGUGCCACACGAGCUUGCUUGUUUCAGCUGCGAGCGAAAUGGUGCCUGGCAACGAGGACUAUUUCGGUGUUGCUGAGCAGAAGAGGAUCUUUCCAGAGCCCACAGAUGCAGCUGGCUGGGCCAGCCGGGCAUUUCGUGCAUCUCAAAGCUGCGAGAAAGCCUUGCAUCAGGCACAGCUGAAGCAAGCUGAAGCCGAAAAGCACGCAGAGAUCGCGCAGGCUUCGACGCAACAGGCGCAGGCGGCCAUGUUGCAGGCCAAGGUGAAUUCGUUGGCCUAUGCUGUGAAGUCUCCUUCGCUGAAGCCCUACCUGCAUUUCUGCCAGCAGAUCGCUGAGCGAGUGCGAGCUCGUCCUCAUGAAGCCAAUAGCUCUGCGAUGAUCGAGUUGCGUCGGUUCUGUGCAGGCCUUGAGAAUUUCAUGGAUGCUGCCUCGCGGCGGCCCGAGACGGUGGCAACGAGAAGUGGCCUCCGUCUCUAUGAUGUGCCGCCAAAGAAGUAUCCCGAGGAGCCCAAGUGGAUGCAGGACGUGCCUGAAUUUCACGUGCCAGAUGGUAUCGAACAUAGCUCAACAACGUCCGUCACGCAAUUUUCAGCUCCCUAUGUGUGGCUUCCCGAUGACGGAAGGUUGCCUUGCCGCAGAGAGCGUCUCAGGAGCUUCAUUUGAGAG